GACUAGAAACGCCCAUUAUCAGCAGUUUGGAGCAAAAGAAAAAAGAAGGAAAGGUGAAGGUUGCCCUUUUCCCCUCAAUUUCUUUCUCUUUUCUCUUUAAAUAAGAAAAUUUACGAUAUAGAUCAAUUUUCCACAACAAUCACCAAAUCCUGUGAACUGUCUUACUCUAUCCGAUUCUCUGAAAUUCCCCUUCUCUUCAUCCAGUUUUGUCUGACUUUUUUUUCGAUUUGGUGUUGGUUUUCAGGGGCUUUUAAUAUUUUUGUGUUGGAGAUUUUUGGUUUUUCUUCUUUGAUCGCCAUAGCUGACGAAGAACAACGAAGUGAACAUCAACAUCCGGCAUCGUCUACGAUAAAAGGCGGAGACCUUGAAAUUCUCGAAAGUUUGGAUUUUUAAUUGUAUUUUUCUUUUUUGAGUUUUGUGCUCGUUGUUCUACCCUUUAGGGUUAGAGUUGUUUUCCUAUUGGAGCCCCCCCAAUUUUGGCGUUGUAAUCUUCCCUUAAUAGUCUUAUUAUAAGGAAAAAAAAAGGGAUUAGCUUUUUUUUAUUUUUUUUUAUUUCAGUUUCAAUUUUGGUUGUAUCCUCCCUAAUACUCUACAAUCCACAAUUAUUUGAGUUUUACCUCUUCAUUUAUUCUUUUUAUUCAAUAUAUAUCUUAGGAAAAAAAACACAAAAAUCUGUGAAAAAAUAUUAUCAAUAAAAUUUGAUUAAUUGUUAUUUGGUUGCCCCAAAAAAGAGAGAGAGAGAAAAAAAAAAAACAGGAAACAAUUGUAAUAAUUAAGAAUAAUGGGGAGUCCUGGAUUAGGAAAUCGAAACAAUGGUCAAAGGUUAGGCAUCACGGAACCUAUUUCGUUGGGUGGACCGACUGACUACGAUGUGAUCAAAACCCGAGAGCUAGAAAAGUAUUUGCAAAAUGUGGGAUUGUAUGAGAGUCAAGAGGAGGCUGUUGGCCGAGAGGAAGUACUGGGGAGGCUAGACCAGACUGUGAAGAAUUGGGUUAAAGCAAUUAGCCGUGCGAAAGGUUUGAAUGAGCAAUUGGUUCAAGAAGCAAAUGCUAAGAUAUUCACCUUUGGUUCUUAUCGUUUAGGGGUGCAUGGCCCUGGUGCAGAUAUAGAUACACUUUGUGUUGGACCUAGACAUGCAACACGAGAAGAGGAUUUCUUUGGUGAGCUAUACAAAAUGCUAUCAGAGAUGCCUGAAGUAUCGGAAUUACACCCUGUGCCUGAUGCUCAUGUCCCAGUCAUGAAAUUCAAAUUCAAAGGAGUUUCCAUUGAUCUUCUUUAUGCAAAACUCUCACUUUGGGUUAUUCCCGAAGACUUAGAUAUAUCGCAAGACUCUAUAUUACAAAAUACAGACGAGCAGACAGUUCGUAGUCUUAAUGGUUGCAGAGUUACUGACCAAAUUUUACGAUUGGUUCCCAAUAUUCAGAAUUUUCGGACAACUUUGAGAUGCAUGAGGUUUUGGGCAAAACGUCGUGGUGUUUAUUCUAAUGUUGCUGGUUUUCUUGGUGGUAUAAACUGGGCAUUGCUUGUUGCUCGUAUAUGCCAGCUAUACCCUAAUGCUCUGCCCAAUAUGUUAGUGUCUCGAUUUUUUAGGGUGUAUACUCAGUGGCGUUGGCCAAACCCAGUCAUGCUUUGUGCAAUUGAGGAAGGAUCCCUUGGUCUUCAAGUUUGGGAUCCUCGGAAAAAUCCGAAAGAUAGAUAUCAUUUGAUGCCCAUCAUUACUCCUGCUUAUCCUUGCAUGAAUUCUAGUUACAAUGUGUCAUCGAGUACUUUGCGGAUCAUGACAGAUGAGUUUCAGAGGGGUAGUGAAAUUUGUGAGGCUAUGGAGGCAAAUAAAGCUGACUGGGAUAUCCUUUUUGAGUCUUAUGCUUUCUUUGAAGCAUACAAGAAUUAUCUACAAAUAGACAUCUCUGCAGAAAAUGCUGAUGAUUUAAGAAAGUGGAAAGGCUGGGUUGAGUCCCGUCUCCGUCAACUUACAUUGAAGAUUGAAAGGCACACAUAUAACAUGCUUCAGUGCCACCCACAUCCGGGUGAUUUUCAAGACAAAUCUAGACCCUUCCAUGGCAGUUACUUUAUGGGUUUGCAACGCAAACAAGGAGUUCCAGUGAAUGAAGGUGAACAAUUUGAUAUAAGGUUAACUGUUGAGGAGUUUAAACACUCUGUCAAUAUGUACACUCUGUGGAAGCCUGGAAUGGAAAUCCGUGUAACACAUGUAAAACGUAGGAACAUACCUAGCUUUGUAUUUCCUGGUGGUGUCCGACCUUCCCGUCCAUCCAAAGUAACUUGGGAUAGUAUGCGGGUGUCAGAUGCAAAAGUUUCUGGCCAUGCUGGACCAGACAAGUCAGGUGAAGUUAAGGGAGUUGCAGAUGGACAGGAUGAUGGAAAGAAGAGGAAGAGGGUAGAUGACAAUGGAGAUGCUCAAUUGAGAAGCAGCAAAUAUAUUACUGCUGUGCCUUCCUCUAGUCUCGAAGGUCACGUGGGUAGUCCAGUCAGCACUGUGAGUUCUUGUUCGACAAAGGGUGACUAUUCAGAUGCAACUGGAUUGAUCGAAACAACGAGGGAAAAAGCUGAGAGUAAUAUGACGAAUGGCUUAAUAAAUUCAAGAAGUUUGGAAGAGCUUUCUUCUCAUAAUGGUGAGGUUGAUGGAUCAGUGGGAUGUAAUCCUCCUAUUAAGGUUUCUGCUGAUGCAUCAAGCUGUACAGAGGCAGAGAACUUGGCAAUUGAGAAAAUAAUGUCUGGUCCCUAUGGUGCACACCAAGCUUUUCCACAGGAACUUGAAGAGCUUGAAGAUGAUUUAGAGUUUAGGAACCAGGUCAGAUCUGUGGAGAACACAAAAAGUGGUCCUGUGGAGUCUUCAAUGUCAGAUUUGGCGGGGGCAGCCCCCGUACCUUCCAGUAAUGGAGCCGGUCCUUCCACCAGUUUACAUGCUAGUGGGGGUAUAGAGGAGUUAGAGCCUGCGGAACUUACUGCAAUGAUAUCGAAUCGGAUCCCAUCUGCACCUGUGGCCCAGAGGAAGCCACUAAUAAGAUUGAACUUCACUUCCUUGGGGAAAGCUUCUGAGAAAAGUGGAUGAAGGGGAGAAGUGAGGACAGUUGGUGUCAAGAGGGGUUAGAAAGGUUUAUGUGUGAUAAAAGAAAUUAAUUUCGUCACUGUCUGUCCUUUGGAUCCUUUUUAAGAUUUAUGGAUAAUAAAAUUUGAGUUUGCAGAAAUCCAGCUUUCACUUGUGUAAAUAAGAUGGGAGAUUGAUAUUUGAUAUUCAGUUUUCUGGCCAUGGUUUGCUAUAUCAAACCAUGCAUCA